UACCUAAUUUAGUGUAAUAUAUGUUAAAUAAAAAGUAAGACAUGGAAUCUAUGAAAUUUUCAUUGAGUCGUGGAACUCCCUCUCGUCUGGGUUCGCUUGUUUUUGGCGAUAUCGCAAUCCCGACUCCGGCAAUGCUUUUGUAUACACAAGCUGGUUCAGUACCUCACCUCACAGUGGACAAUGUAGAACGGAUUAUCGAUCAACCAUACCCUCUAGUAGUGCCUCUUCAAUCAACGUAUUCUAUGCACAAAAGUGUCGCUGCAUUGGGCAAAGGUAUAAGUAAAUUCGCCGGGUUCAGCGAGCGGUGUCCUUCUGUGCAGAUCAUUCAGGACCCGCUAAAGGAGACACAGAAGGGUUUUAACAACCGUCAAGGAGUUUGCAUAUUUGAAGACGGAGGCAAAAUUCAGUUAACACCUAAGAGUAUCACUGAAGCUGCAGCCGUCUUCCGGCCGGCAGCGUAUCAAGCGUUAACCGACGGCGACACGCCAAAAGGCUGUUCAAAUAAGCGGCUAAGUCAUUCUGUCAAGCGCUCAACAGAUUACCUCGAUAGUUGUAUUCGAACAAAAGAAGAACAAAUGGUACAAAGUGGCCUCUUAGCGUCCAUACAAGGUGGAUAUAACGAAGUGUCCCGUAGAUUUUCAGUGUCUGACGCAAUGAAACGGGAUCAAAACAAAAUUGCCGGUUAUAUCUUGGACGGAUUCCACAUGAAUGGCGAGAAGACGGCUGAACUUGAAUUUUCAAGCAUUGCGAGCUUAAUUACAGUUGUAAUCGAAGGGUUACCUGAAAAUAAACCGCGGUUUAUGUUCGGCUGUUAUAACCCGGAAAUGAUCAUUGAACUGGCCCGAUCAGGAGUUGACUGUUUCGAUUCCUCAUAUGCUUGUCUUCAAACUGAUAAAAACCGAGCGCUUUUAUUUUCUUUUGAAGAGGUGAGAAACGUUACCGGGCAGGCACGCUAUCUACAGCUAGACGAUGUUGAUAAGUACAGAAGCGAUAUGGGCGUUAUUGUAGGGCACUGCAGGUGUUACACCUGCAACGAAGGAUUUUCGAGAGCAUACAUCAACCAUCUGCUUCUUACCAAGGAAUUGUUAGGCAAGAUACUUCUACAGAUCCACAACCUUUAUCAUUUAUUCAAGUUUUUUGAUAAUUUGCGCGCUGAUCUCAGUAAAUAAGAACAAAAACUAAGUAACAAAAAAAUGGUGGUAGACAACGACAAGUUAAUCUAAUACAGACCUCUGCAGUUGUAUAUUAUUGUAUUGUCUGCAAUGACAGUGGUCAGUACGCAAGAUAGGUUGUAAUAUGUGGUUGUACUUUUUAUUUUGCCGAUUUGAAACCAUGAAUUGUGGUUAAUAUAUUAAUUAAUUCAAUUAUCAUUUU